AUGAUACUCGAUCAGAUUAAGUCUAGCCUUGCCACUGUUGUGGCGGCUGGAGCGGAGUUCGUCGCCCUAUACCCUCUGCCUCUACUCGCAAUUGUUAUCCUCUCCAUAUUGACAUUGAAUGUCAUCUCGGUACUUAAAACCAGAUACUUCCACUUGAAUACCAUUCCCGGGCCCAGCUUUGCGGCUUUUACUAGACUAUGGCUUUGCAAAGUUAUUGCUUCAGGGGACUCAGCCAAGAAAUUUGUGGAUAUCAAUAAGGAAUUUGGUCCAAUCGCUCGGAUAGGACCAAACCACCUCUUAACAGAUGACCCGGAAGUUGUACGACGAAUUCUAGCAGCACGGUCACAUUACACUAGAGGACCAUGGUUUGACUCGAUCAGGAUUGAUCCUCAUGUGCCAAACAUCGUCUCGGAAAGAGACACAGGGAAGCACAAUCAUUUACGGCAUCGGAUGUCAGCCGGUUACUCCGGCAAGGAGAUCCUAGGUACUGAAGCAAUAAUCGAUGAACGGAUCUCGGAUUUCGUGGAGCGAAUUGAGCAAAAAUGGGUAUCGGAGAAUGGCGAGACCAAAGUGUUUGAUAUUGGUAGGAGAAUCCAGUACCUUGCUGUGGACAUUAUUACCCACCUCUGUUUUGGUGAGCCACUCGGUUUCGUGGAUCAGGAUCGAGAUGUUCAUGACUUCCUUUUCACCAUCGAGAGUCAACUUCCCAUCGUGCAGCACUUCUCUGUGAUUAUUGAAAUCAACACAAUGGUUAGAAAUAUCAUGAGUUUUAGUUGGAUCAAGAAAGCACUUGCUCCUUCUGCGAGAGACAAGACUGGAAUUGGCAAGAUUAUGGGAAUCUCGAAGAAGGUAGUUGAUCAACGUAUAUUGCCUCUCGCAGAACCGAAAAAAGAUAUGCUUGGUUCAUUCCUCAAGCAUGGCCUUACAGCCGACGAGGCAGAGGCCGAGAUAUCCAUUUCCCUCGUUGCUGGGUCUGAUACCACAGCCACUUCAAUGCGUGCUACUCUUCUUGCAAUUAUUACAAAUCCAUCUGUCUACGCCAAGCUCCAAGCCGAAAUUGAUGCCGCAGACCGCGCCGGACUCCUCUCUUCCCCGAUUAAAGAAUCCGAAGCUUCCAAGCUCCCAUAUCUACAAGCCUGCAUAUCCGAAGGUCUUCGGCGCUUCCCGCCCAUUACUCAGCUCCGAGAGAGACAAGUUCCGCCUGAGGGAGACAUCAUCAAUGGGCACCAUGUGCCUGGAGGAACCUUCAUUGGCUUGAACGCGUGGGGCCUGCAGCUCAACUCCGUCUUUGGCUGGGAUCCGGAGAUUUUCCGCCCAGAGCGUUGGUUGAUCGAGGAUAAAGACUUGCUACUGAGAAUGCAGAAGGUACAUGAGCUAAUCUUUGGCUACGGAAACACGAAGUGUCUAGGAAUCCCAAUUGCCAUGUUGAACUUGAAUAAGAUCUUUGUCGAGGUCAGUAUUCCCAUCACUAUUCUUUCAUAA